AGCAUCGGGAUGAUGGGCGACAAUUCUACCACUGGAUCAGUUACCCCUCUGCAGCCGUUCAAUGUUGCUGACAUUAUUGUCAUCGUGGCUUAUUUUGCCUUGAAUGUGGCUGUGGGAAUAUGGUCCUCAUGCAGGGUGAAUAGGAAUACGCUCAGUGGCUACUUCCUUGCUGGCAGGAGCAUGGCGUGGUGGCCUAUUGGCGCCUCCCUCUUCGCCAGCAGCGAAGGAUCAGGGCUCUUCAUUGGACUGGCUGGGACUGGAGCUGCUGGGGGAAUUGCCGUGGCUGGCUUUGAAUGGAAUGCUACCUAUGUCCUGCUGGCAUUGGCCUGGGUGUUUGUACCAGUCUACAUCUCCUCGGGGAUCAUCACCAUGCCGGAGUAUCUCCAGAGACGCUUCGGAGGGGAGAGAAUCCGGAUGUACCUCUCAGCCCUGUCACUCCUGCUCUCCGUCUUCACCAAAAUAUCGACAGAUCUGUACUCGGGGGCGCUGUUUGUACAAGUUUGCCUGGGCUGGAACUUCUACCUCUCCACCGUCCUGAUGCUGGUGGUCACAGCUCUCUACACCAUCACUGGUGGGCUGGCAGCUGUGAUCUACACUGACACGCUGCAGACGCUCAUCAUGAUCAUCGGCGCCGUCAUCUUAGCAGUAACAGCGUUUAACAAGAUCGGAGGAUACCAAAACCUGGCAGAGGCUUAUUUAAAGGCUGUUCCGGCCAAGAUUAUCCCCAACACAACUUGCCACCUGCCCAGAGCGGACGCCAUGCACCUCUUCCGAGAUCCCGUCUCCGGAGACCUUCCCUGGACUGGCAUGACUCUCGGGCUGUCUGUCUUGGCCACUUGGUACUGGUGCACCGACCAGGUCAUUGUGCAGAGGUCUCUCUCGGCUAAGAACCUGAGUCAUGCCAAGGCCGGCUCCAUCCUCGCGAGCUAUUUGAAAAUGCUGCCGCUGGGGGUUAUCAUCAUGCCGGGGAUGAUCAGCCGGGUUCUCUAUCCAGACGCCGUCAGCUGCGUCGAUCCCGACGAGUGCGUCCGAGUGUGCGGGUCCGAGGUGGGCUGCUCCAACAUCGCUUACCCCAAGCUGGUGGUCGAACUGAUGCCCAGUGGGCUGCGAGGGUUAAUGAUUGCAGUGAUGAUGGCUGCCCUGAUGUCCUCCCUGACCUCAGUAUUCAACAGCAGCAGCACCCUGUUCACCAUGGACAUCUGGCUGAAGAUCCGGCGGAAUGCCAAGGAGCGGGAGCUGCUGCUGGUGGGAAGGAUAGUCACGGUGGUUCUGGUCGCCAUCAGCGUGGUCUGGAUCCCCAUCCUGCAGAGCUCCAACAGCGGCCAGCUGUACAUCUACAUCCAGUCUGUGACCAGCUGCCUCGCCCCGCCCAUGACGGCUGUGUUCGGCCUGGCAGUUUUCUGGAGACGAGCCAACGAGCAGGGAGCUUUCUGGGGCCUGAUGUUGGGGCUGGCACUAGGCCUGGCCAGGAUGGGGCUGGAGUUUGCGUAUCCUUCGCCCCGCUGUGGCGUCCCGGACGAGCGCCCCUCCCUCGUGAAGGACGUUCACUACCUCCACUUUGCCAUCCUCCUCUGUGCUCUGACUGCCGGCGCCGUGGUGGGGAUCAGCUUGCUGAGCAGGCCUCCCGCCGAGUCGCAGAUAAAGAACCUCACCUGGUGGACCAUUCCCCGGGGGCGCCUGCCUCCCGAGAGCUCCAUGGCCAGCGCAUCAGCAGGGACCCACUCACCCAGGAGAGGAAAGGAGGAUUCCCAGGAGGAGGCGCCAGGGAUCUGCCCCUGCAUGGAUUUAUUCUGCAGUCCCCAGGGGGCAAAGACUGAGGGACCCCCAGCAAAGGCUCUGAGGGACAUCACAGAGGCCCCCUUCUGGGCUAGGAUCUGCUGCAUCAAUGCUGUCAUCCUGCUGUGUGUCAAUGUCUUCUGCUAUGCCUAUUUCGCUUAACACUACUGCAGCCAGGUGGU